AUGGAGCUUCUGAGGGACAGUGACGAGUGGGCUGACGUGGAGCCGUUACCACAGGACGACGGUCCGGAUCCUGUCGUGCCGAUCGCGUAUUCGCGCGAGUUCGACGACGCCAUGGGCUUCAUGCGCGCCGUUCUCGCGUCCGGUGAGCGCAGCGCGCGCGUCUUGCGCUUGACGGAGCGCGUUAUCUCCGUCAACGCCGCUAGCUACACCGCGUGGCAGCUCCGUCGAGACGUUCUCACGCAUCUGCUGUCGUUAGCGGAACCGGAGGCCACGCCAUCGAAGCCUCCGUCCGCGUCAGCAGAUGAGAAUCGAACGGAUGAAGGGGAUUGGCUGGUUCAGGAUGAGGUACUUUACGCCGAAAAUGUGACUUUAUCAAAUCCUAAGAAUUAUCAGGUGUGGCACCAUCGCCGCUGGUUGGCUGCUCUUCGCAAAGAUAGGGUUACCAGACGCCAGGAACAGAUGGAACAGCAGCAGCAGCAGCAGCAGCAGCAGCAGCAGCAGCAGCAGGAGCAGGAAUGCGUUUCAAACUCACCGUCCCCGUUACAGCAAGCUCCGUUACGGUCGAUAACUGAGGUCGCACAGGAGGAAUUCCGCUUCUGUGAGGAGGCGUUGCGGGGAGAUUCAAAGAACUACCACGCGUGGUGUCACAGGCAGUGGGUGGCGAGGGAAUUUGACACGUGGCAUGGUGAGCUGGCGUUCUGUGAGAGGCUGUUGGAUGAUGAUGUGCGCAACAACUCAGCAUGGAACCACAGAAUGUUUGUACUGGAGCAUCUUAUAGCGAAGCAGAAGCAGGGAGCAGAACAGGUGGGAGGAGGAGCCAAUCAGGAGAAGGGUUCCGAAAUUAGGGUUACACCAGUAACAGUGGAGGAUGAGGUGGCGUUUGCAGUGACCGCCAUCUGGCUUGCUCCGUCCAAUGAGAGCCCUUGGCGGUAUCUCCAAGGGCUGAUUCGCCUGCAGGAGAAAGAAACAGCAGGUGUGGGUAAGGAAGGCCUGGCAGCGGGCGCCGUCAUUCGCCCACCGCGCCUAUCUUAUACUACUCGGUCGCCCCUCCCUGCCCCACCCCUCCCCUCCUCUUCCCCUCAUCCCCCUCCCCCCUCCCUCCCGGUGUCCUUCCUCCAGGCGUGGACGGACAUAUACGGUCUGAGAGCGCGCUCCGUCCUCAUCGAUCAUCCCCGCCCCUUACCUCGUCCUUACCCCGCCCCCUUUCCUCCCCCCCAGGCGUGGACCGACGUGUACGGUCUCGCAGCGCGCUCCGUCCUCGUCGACCAUCCCCGCCCCUUACCUCGUCCUUACCCCGCCCCCUUUCCCCCCCAGACGUGGACCGACGUGUACGGUCUCGCAGCGGGCCCAGUCAUCGUCGACCCUCCCCGCCCCUUACCUCGUCCUUACUCCGCCCCCUUUCUCCCCCCCCCCCCCCCUCCUCAGGCGUGGACCGACGUGUACGGUCUCGCAGCGGGAUCCGUCCUCCCCCCGACGCGCAUGGCCCUCCCGCCCAACGUCCCCCCCGCGCCGCAUCUGGAGGACUGCGCGGCGCGUACGGCGCAGCGCAUUAAAACGGAGUUGCGCGGACCCAACGGGGAGCCGCCGCGAUGGACGCGCGCGCGGGGCGGGUGCUGGUACCCGCAACCCGCGUGGCUCACCCCCAUCGUCGCCUCGUUAUUUCCAUCCCCGUUAUUGUCACUCUCGCUCUCUCAGGUGCGAGGCUCAGAUGCUGCCAACCUGGCAGCAACCCGCCAAGCGCAGGCCGACAUCUGGCAAAACCAGUUCCCAAACCAAUCACCGUCAGCUACCACGUCAGCAGCUGCCACCUCAGCAGCUGCAGCAUCUCCAUCUCAGUCCGAAUCAAAUCCAGUCUCAUCCACGUCAGCAGCUGCCACGUCAGCCUGCUCCGGGCGGCGGCUCUUUGUCGUGGAUUGGCCAAAGAGGAAGCACGGGAUUGGAUCUCAGCUAAGCAUCAUGAGCGCUUACUUAAGCCUCGCGCUGACUCACAACCGCACGCUCGUUCCCACGCCCGGCACUUACUUAAGAGCCAAUCAUUCUGAGUGUCUAGAGGCCGGGAACUUAAACUCGUUUGACUGCUAUUUCUUUCCGUUGGUUGCUAGGAGUUGUGAGGAGCGAGUGAGGGAGGUGAUGGGGGGAGGAGGGGAGGCUGAAAGCUGGGUGGGGAAUCGGGCCCAGAAAGAGGGAAAUGGGGAGGUGGAAAAUAGGGGAAUAGGGGGAGAUGAGGGGGGGGAGGCAGGCCGAAGGGCAGCAGGAGAAGGGGAAGCAGAGGAGGGGAGGGAGUGGGAGAGGGCGUGCGUGGAUCACAGCAACCAGGUACUGCUGCGGCAGCUGUGCACAUACCUGAAGCGGCGCAACAGCAUUGAAGUGAGGGGGCGAGUGAAGGCAUCGGUGCCGAGGCUGCAGCAGGUACGGGAGAAGCAGGUUCGGGAGCAGCAGGUAUGGGAGCGGCAGGUAUGGGAGAAGCUAAGUGCACUGGUGGCGUGCCCAAUCGCUGCGCUUCAUGCUGAGGUGGCCGUCGGCGUACCUGUGCCACGUCAGCAACAGGGUGCGGCAGCAGGCGUAUGUGUGCAUGUGAGGCAGGGGGACAAGCAGAAGGAGAUGAAGCUGAGCUCGUUCAAGGCGUACAUGCUGCACGUGCAGAGGCUGAGACUCAGAGUGCCGGACAUGCAUUAUGUGUGGCUCAGCACGGAAAUGCAGUCGGUGAUUGACGACUUGGGCAGCUACAAUGAUUGGACCUUCCUGUACAGCAAGAACAAGCGCCAGCUCGGGUCAACCCAAAUGCUCGAGUACGAGAAGGCAGCGGGGAUGGAGCAGCUCGUGGGGGUCAGCUUUGCCAAUCUGCUCAUCGCUUCUGAAUGUGAUUUCUUUGUCGGGCCACUUGGGUCGAACUGGAACCGGCUUAUCAAUAAUUUGAGGGACACAAACGGGCGGGUGAAUGCGGGGUAUGUGGCUCUGAACACUGGUGAAUGGUGA